AUGUAUGAAGAGUACACGAAAGUUAAUUCGACAAUUGCUCAUCGAUUCGAAGAUCGUGUCAACUAUCACAUCGUGAACACCUCGCUUGGAGUUGCAUGCUUAGUAAUCAACUUGAUUCUACUCGGCAUAUUCCUUGGUUAUCGCCCAUUCCGCAAGCGAUAUGUGCUUCUAAUUCAAUUAUGCGUUGGUGAUCUGAUUUAUUCAUUGGCUGUGAUUCUCAGCGGAUUGCAUCGAAUACGUAUCUAUAAAGAAGCCUAUCAGACAUAUGUAAUCCCAUCCUGGACCACUAGAGAAUGCGCCUUGCAGUUAUGGCUGCAACUGAAAUAUGUUGUGGUUCCAUUGUUGAGUGCAAUUUUCGUGGCGAUCUCUUCCAUAUACGCCAUAACAACGGCGAUCUACGAUGACCGCCCAACGCAGUAUCACUGUGGCCGAAAGGCAACCUUCGGCGAGGGAUUUUCGACUUUUGUCUAUGUAACAAAUAUAUUUUGUAAUGUGCUGUCAACAUUACUGAACGCAGCAGCCUAUGUGAAGGCAAGGACAAUGACGAAGAACGUACAGCAGGCUCAACGUCAAGCUGACAUCAUCAGAUACUACCUUCUGAUCUCACUACUCUCAACCGUAUUGGUCUCACUGCCGAACACCAUAGCACUUUUCCAAGUCUACGUGAAAUCGGUUUGA